AUGGUACUCCAAAAAAGGUAUUAACAAAUCCAUGAUAAUGCAGUAUUUUCCAAAAGGAAUAUUGGUACAAACAAGCUUUCUGUUCCUUUGCGUCCACCUGAUCUGGAUCUAAUAAUCAAAUCAACCUUAUGGCGAAGUAUUUAUUUUCACUCAGUCUUUCUUGCCACUUCCAAAAGUGAUGUAAAGUAACUUCCAGCAUCGUUGAGUUCUUAGAUUAUUAUCUUAUGCUGGUGGAAACACCUCCGCCAUAUAGGAUUAUAGGAGAAAACUCCAUAAAUACAUUUUAUUAUACAAUAAAUACUAUUAAUAUAUUGAUAAAUGGUAUUUAUGUUUUUUUUUUCUCUGAUAAUGAGAAUGCAGUAUAUAUAAAUUUGACAGAUGGAAGCUGCAGGAGUUGCAAGAUUUGCCAUCAUAUAUCCCUGUAAUUACCAUGAAUAUAACCUGCACAAUAUAAAGGAACAUUCUUAGAGAUCUGUGCACGCAUAAGAGACACAAACUCUAUGUCGCCACCAGCAACAACCUGCAUGAGUUAUGAAUGUCAUGAUUAUGGUUUUAUCACACCCUGUAGUCACGGGCAAAUACCUUGAAGGGAAUCAUACAUACUCGUAGUCUGAAAGGCUAGUGAGCAUUGAGAGUACUGACCACCAGUCCAUGCGCAAACUAACACAGUGCCCUGCUUGCAAAGACCCUGCCCAAUUCCUGCCUGCUUUGUUAUUCUUUCAGGUCUUGCCAUUGUUUUAAUUUUCAGAAGAAUGAUUGGAAGGUGCAGUCCACAACACCCUUGUCAAUCUUUCCGUGCAUUUCCCUUACCUCCCAAGGUUUGAAAUUGGACUAAGAGGGACACUUUAAUUUUAGGGGUGUUACUGGGUGUGUGGCCAGAGGUGUGGCUGGUCUGACAUAUUUUAGGUGACGUACUAAGAACAAUUUAUGCAAUUAGAAUGUAAUUUAGAACAAGAACAAUGGAUCUUAUUUAUAAAGAAUGGUUUCUAAACACAUUUUGUGGUAUUUUAAAGUCACAUUAAUGUGAGUAUUAUUGCUCUGGAGCUUUGUUAUACACUCAGACACAAAUAUAAUAAGGAGCUCCUAGAAAGAAAAAUAGUACAUUAGGAUAGAAAAGAGGGACAGGGUCCCAAAAUAGGAACUGUGUCUCUCCUAAAAAGAGACACUUAGGAGGUAAGCUACCCUGACAUGAUUAGAGUGUUCCUGUAAAUCCACAGAGUCGUUGUGGCAUAAAGCUCUUUUCCAUCAAAUAUUCUGGCUUUGAACAAGCUGACAUACAACGUAAAUAAAAAUAUAAAAAUGUUCACCCCCCCAAAAAAAACAAACAAACAAACAUGUUUUUGUCCGUCAUUUAUUUAUAAAUCUAUAUUUCCAACAUCUGUGGAUCCUGAAACAAAACUAAUCUCUAGUUAGAAACUUGUAUUAUGCCGACUUCCUCUUACUGCCAUGUCCUUUUGCCCACAGUAAAGAUGGCGUCACUAACAGGCGAGGACGUUCGCCCGCUGCGCCGGAAGUGAAUAGAAGUGGCUGUGACGUAUUAUUGGCGCCGCCGGAAAUUUGGACGUUGACUUCACGUUUUGUGGAUUCUCGUGUAUCCGGCCCGGAGCUGAACCGGAGAGGGCCUGCUGGCCGCUGGACCUUGCCGGGCACCGCUUGCACACACAGUGUCAUUCAUCAAACUGAGGUGAGAGGAUGGGGCAGUGCUUAAUGUGCCCAGCAGGAGAGCCACGUGCUGGGCAACAUGGAGCUGGCUGGCAUGCCAACCCUCAAACAGGGGGUCAGCUCAUACAGGGCCACCCGGAGCUUGGGAGACAUAAACUGACCCAUAGAUACUGUGUGUAAUGCUGGACACCCUACUAAACCUCAAAUAAUCAAAUACUUCUUAUUUAACCACACCACCUAUUGUACCCCCACACUGGGGGGUGUGAUAUAAAUCACUUACUAAACACAAUUUACACAUACUGGUUGUACUAAGAGAUAUUUAAUAACAAUUUGCCAUAAAGUCUGAAAUGGGGAAAAUAUAAAUUUAGUAAUGCUGAGGGAUGACAAUGUGUGAAACAACUAAAUGGUGGUUUUCUUUUCUUAUAGACUAAACACCAAAAUGAAAAAUGUAGACAAAAAUGAUUUAAAAGUAAAGUAUUGUGUUCUGGUCAUAGCAUGUCUGUGUUAGCCUGAGUUUUGAGGUUAGAGUUUCAAUUUGCAGUUUAAAGUGACACUGUAGUCAUCAAAACAACUUUUCUGCCAUUUAGGAGUUCAAGGAACACUAUAGCGUUAGGAAUACAAAUAAGUAUUCCUAACGCUAUAGAGCCCAAGUCACCUAAACGGUGACUAGGGCCCCGUUACGCGGCAAUUAAAUGGUUAAUGAACCAUUUCUUUGCUUACAUUAAUCCAGCGCCGUGCUCACUUGGCGCUGGUGACCUCUUCUCAUCCAUCGACAUCAGCUCCCGAGUGGAGCCGAAUGCACAUGCGCAGCCAGAGGUGCGUACGCAUUUAAACCCCCCCAUAGGAAAGCAUAACUCUGUGCUUUCAUAUGGGGAUCUUUUUUGACACUGGACUACAUGAGGACAUCCAGCGUCAAAUAAGUGUGAUUUCCUCGCAGAAGCGCCUCUAGUGGAAGGCGGGAGACAGGCAAUAGAGGAUGGAUUAACCCUGCACUGUAAACUGUUUUCAGCUGCAUGGUUAAAACUAGGGGGACCUGGCACCCAGACCACCAUUGAGAUGAAGUGGUCUGGGUGCCUUUAGUGGUGCUUUAAAUUGUAUUUCUGUCCAUGCAGCCCUAGCCAAACCUCCCCUAGUUGUGACUUACAGCCAGCCAAAAAAAAAGUGUUUCAUUUUCAAUCAGAAAGCUAACUCACUUUAGAAAUGCUUAUCUCCUGCUCGGUAAAUUGAACUUUAGUCACACUCCGGAAGCUCUUACAAGGUCUAGCAAGCUAUUAACCGUACAAGAGACAAUACAUUCUGAAUUUGCAAAAAAAGGAAAUGUAAUCUUUAGUUCUCACUUUACAGAAAGUGUUUAAGAAGGCUGUGCAGGUCACAUGCAGGGAGGUGUGACUAGGGCUGCAUAAACAAAGUGAAUUAACUCCUAAAUCGCAGAGAAUUGAGCAGUGAGACUGAAUGGGCAUGAUCGAUACACCAAAACUGCUUAAUUAAGCUAAAGUGUCUCUUAAAUAACUCUCUUCUGUAUGUCAGCUUGCAUUACUACUUUUGUGUCCUAUUCAAAUGUCCAAGAUUAUGUGCUCCACAAAUUGCUUGUACAAUAUGCUUUAUUUAAAGCAAUUCUCAAUUUAGUGAAUAAAGCUGUCAGUUUUGCAUUGUAGGAUAUGUAUGUGCUAAAAUGCAAGACUCUCAUAGCCUUGCAGUAGCAACUAAUCAUGAUGCACUUGCAACUGAUCUUAUCUGCCAACCAUACAGCACCCACAGGGCUCCUCACUCCAGUAUUUGCCCAUAAAAUGCUAUUAAUCAGUUACAUAACACCCAAAUAUUUGACAGACCGCACAAGCCAUGCCUCAUAAGAACCCUGACUUUGUAGCAUAUUAGACCCGCUAGCUGCCAGUCCCAUUAGGUCACGCACAGGUUAUUUGAUAAAGUCCCAGAUUUUAGCAGAAUAAAGGGACAUUAUAGUCACCGGAACCACUACAGCUUAAUUAUAGUAGUUCUGGAGUCUAUUCCAUUCUCCAGCAGGAUUUUCAGAGAAAAGGCAGUGUUUACAUUGCUCACUAGUAACCCCUCUACCGUGUUUCCCCGAAAAUAAACCCUACCCCGAAAAUAAGCCCUAGUCGGAUUUUCGGGGUGGGCUGCAAUAUAAGCCCUACCCCGAAAAUAAGACCUAGGCAUUGUACCUUUGCGGCGAGACUUCCUUCUUCUGCUGUAGGAGGAGCGUCGCGCAACGUGAUGACGACAUUUUGCAGCGCCGUCAGUCUGCCUUCACGGAUCUUCAGCGGAAGGAUCCAUUUCCGGGCGGUGAGGCUCCCAGUGGUCGGACUCGGCAAGGAAUCUUUGAAAUGUGAGUACCGCUAGAUAUUUUAUGUCUGGGAUUAAUUGAAUUAAUUAAAGGGGGUGGGGGGGUGAAUUAAUUAAAGGGUGGGCUGGAUUAAUUAGAGGGGGGUGAAUUAAAGGGGGGUGAAUUAAUUAAAGGGUGGACUGGAUUAAUUAGAGGGGGUGAAUUAAUUAAAGGGGUGGUGAAUUAAUUAAAGGGUGGGCUGGAUUAAUUAGAGGGGGGUGAAUUAAUUAAAGGGUGGGCUGGAUUAAUUAGAGGGGGUGAAUUAAUUAAAGGGGUGGUGAAUUAAUUAAAGGGUGGGCUGGAUUAAUUAGAGGGGGUGAAUUAAUUAAAGGGGGGUGAAUUAAUUAAAGGGUGGGCUGGAUUAAUUAGAGGGGGUGAAUUAAUUAAAGGGUGGGCUGGAUUAAUUAAAGGGGGGUGAAUUAAUUAGAGGGGGUGGAUUAAUUAGAGGGGGGUGGAUUUAUUAAAGGGUACCGUACCGGUACCGGUACCGUAAAUAAAUAAGCCCUACCCUGAAAAUAAGCCCUAGUGAGUUUUUUGUGACUAAAAUUAAUAUAAGACCCGGUCUUAUUUUCGGAGAAACACGGUAGAUGCAGGCACUCAGAUGGCCACUUGAGGGGCUUCCUAUUUCAUUGCUGCACUAUGUGUGGCACCUACGUUAAUGCUGAACGCUCCACAUAGAGAUGCAUUGAUGCAGUGCAUCUCUAUGAUGACAUGUUGAUUGGCACAGUGCAUCAUUUUGCUGUGCAUGGACAAUAGCCUCUCAAUGUUUCCUAUGGGAAAGCAUUGGGUUGACUGAGAUCAUCAUGUUUGAGUAUUUCAGUCAUGGAGGCAGGGCCAGCUGUGGUGAGACCAGUUUGGCGAUGGAUAAAAGGUAAAGCAACCUUUUUACUCCACUAUCAGGGGGCAGAGGAGAUAGAGAGAGAUAUAUCUAUAUAUAUAGAUAUAUCUCUAUCAUUUGGUGCAGCGUCUUUCAGCCAAUUCUAUGGGAAAACAUUAGUUUGGUUGAGAUCAUCAAGCUUGAUGAUCUCAGCAAUAGAGGCAGGGCCAUUCAAGUGGAGACCAGCACAGCGUGGGAAAAAAAGGUGAGUAUAAACACCAUUCCCUUGCGAAUGGAAAGGAUCUGGUAACCUAAACACCCACAUCAUGACGCACACACACAACCCAUAACACACAUGUGCUUACCCUGCCGCGUGCAAACUCGCACAUUAUUGCUUGUAUUGAUAUAUCUGGGGGAUUGUGCAGGUGGGCGGCAUGCCGGGGGAUCGCACAGGUGAGCGGGAAGUUGGGGGAUUAUGUAGGCGGCCGGCUAGCUGCGCGUAUUUCUGUCAGACGGCUAGGCAGCUGUGAUGUCCCUGCUCUGCUCCCCCACGCGACGCUUAGUGGGGCCGGAAAAUAUGUCAUAUUCUGGCCCUGGUCUCACUAAGCGGCGAGUGAGGGAGCAUUGCUUGGACAACACAGCUGCCUAGCCACCUGACAGCAAUACGCGCAGCUAGCCGCCUGUUUCCAUAAUUCCCUAGCAGGCCUCCCGCCCACCGGCUUACAUAUCCUAGCGCCAAAGCAAAAUUCCUAAGCGUCAUGGCCACCUGGCGCCUGGGAUUUGUCGAUCCCUGACUAAGGGCAAAGUGUAUUUAUUAUGUGCAAAUUCAUCCAUGGUUUUAAUGGAUAAUGCCAUUUACAGCAGGGUUGUCUGUUAAAUCUUUUAUUAAAUGCAAAACAAGCAAGAAGCUAAUAAAAGACUUUCCUUAUGGUUUCUCUAAGUGAAGUUCAUUGAGUUGGGUAUGCAGCAGGCUGAACAGCAUUCUGUAAAAGUAAUUUCGUAAAGCGGCUCAGUCACUUUUGAGCCUUACAUUGAUAUAAUCUUUAUUAAUAAUUCUCUUUGUGUUAUUUGAAAUUCAAACGCAAUCAAAAUAUAUACAUGCAACAAAAUAGGGACUACUUUAUCUCAUGUUAUUGGCAGUCUUUGAGCAAUGCUGUACAUUAGGUAAAACACGACAAAAACAUGCUUGACAUAUGGUAAUAGUAGGUGAAGCAGGGCUUACCCAAAUGAGCUUACAAUGUUAACGGAUGGAGGACAAAUACACAGAGGUAAGUGAGGGAACCAAAUGAACUGUGUAUGCCAUAAAGGAUGGGAGGAUUGUUUUGUAGGAGGGAGCAUAGUAGAUGAGACUGCAGUGGAAGGUUGUAGGUAGGGAAUGAGGAAUUAAGGUACGAGAUGAUAGAGUUUUCUCUUAAAAAGUGUGUUUUUUAGGGUAGGGGGGUUUGGAGGGUCUGCAGAGAUGGAGAGUUCACUGGGGUGUUAGGCUAUUCCAUAAAGGCAGCCAUGGAAAAGUGGUGGAGGGGUGUGACAAUGUGAUAGUAACAGGUCAUAAAGAGGCCAGACUGCAAGAUACCUCCUAAUAAAGGAGGAAAUGUAAGCACAGUAGUUGUGGACCGCUUUGUAAGUAAGCACGAGAAGUUUGAAUCGAAUCCAAAUUGAAAGAGCAACUGGCAGUGGUGAGUUUUGAUAGUUGCAGUAUGUAAUGUCGAUGAGUCUGGUAUAGCUGUUCAUCAAGGAAUGUAGAGCGUCAAUCUGGACACUUCUUAACCCGAUAAGCAUGGACAAGCAUUUUGGUUGCAUCCUGAGUGAGAAAGGGUUGAAUGUGAGAAAUGGUUUUCAGGGAAAAGCGACAGGAAGGGUCAGUAAAUAAGCACACAAAGUCAACCUGCCUGUGGGAUAGAGUUUGAUAUCUCUAUUGACCUUAAGGUAAAUAGGAACAGACUUCACCUUAGAGGGAGGAAAGACAAGGAGCUCGAUCUUAGAGAGGUUGAAUUUUAGGAAUUGGUCCUUAUUAUGCAUGCGUGAGAAUUUCUGUGAAAGAUCAUCCAUUGACUUAGUUUUGUAGUCUCGAACAUUUGUGAGAGUAGAAUAGAGACAAAGGCUCCUGGCAGAUUAAUUCACCAGAAGUAUGUCAACGCCAAGGGCAGACUGCUUGAAGAGAAAUUCUAACAUUAGAAAUACAAAGAUCUAGUUAUGAAGUUUGUGUCUUAAUAAUGUUUUUGAUUUGCAGCCCCCUAUACGGCAAAACCAAAAUUUACUCCCCUUUUAUCUGUUGCUGUGCCAGUAUCACAAAGGAUGCCACUCUGCCCCUGGAUGGGAACCCCACUGCAGCCAAUACAAUACUUCUCCAUAGAGAGAGAAGAAUUGGGGGUGAGACUGCACAUGCAUGGCAGCUGUCGCAUUGUACCAGUCAGCAUCCCCUCAGAGAUGCAUUAUCACAUUUGAGAUUUUGGAGAUGCUAGUUGGUGUAAAAAUUCUGAAUAUAGAUUUCAAGAUUGCAGGAUGUUUAUAGGAAACACCUCCCAAGGAGGUGUCCCAAGGGACAAAUAUAAACACUGAUUAUUCACGUAAAAGGCUGUGUUUAAACAACUUGGAUGGUCUCUUUGAACCGAAACCACCACAUUAAGCUGUACGGGUUCUGGUCUUUAGAGGGUUCUAUUAAGAUCUGUUCUGAACAAUGAUCACUUCGAUGGCCAUGCACCGAACGAGAACUCCAAAGAACUGAACAGUCUUCCUUCAGCUACAAUUCUCAUAACUCUGCAAUGGCUUAUACGAUAUGUACGACGCUCCAAACUAAAUAUAUGGUUUCCAGGCUGGUAUCCUCACUAUGCAUUGUGAUUGCUUGCAGAUUUGCAUGUUGGGAGAAACAUGCCAUAACUAUAAACAACUUAGUAGAUAUACUCCCAUUUAAAAUAUUUAUGUAAUUUGCUUGGUGUGGUUUUGUUUUUUCCUUUGGGAAUAUAUGAACAAUAGGCCAGCCAUAGCUGCAGAUCUUGAAUCUGCAGGUACUGCAAGCUCUUCUUUACCAGAACAGAUUUUCAGUGGCUGUUCAGUAAGCUGUGUUACAGCUCAUUGAGAAGUCUUUGCCUCUCGAAUUUAGUGCUACAGAGUUAAACUACCAGGAGAUUUCUAUUGAAAUCCAUACAAAAAUGAGGAAAAAAAGAGGAUGCACUCCUCACUCAUAAAGCACUUCCGCAAGCAUGUGUUUGGGGUGUUACUUAAAUUUCUUAGCCCAUUAACGGGAUACUGUAGUCACCAAAUCAACUUAAUGAAGCAGUUUUGAUUUAUAGCUCAUGCCUCUGCAGUCUCACUGCUCAAUUCUCUGCCAUUUAGGAGUUAAACUAUUGUUUUCAUGCAGCUCUAGUCACACUUCCCAGCAUGUGACUAACAGCCUUCCUAAAUACUUCCUAUGAAGAGAGAUGUCUAAACUUAUGUUAUUGCACAUUUUGUUUAAUUUAGAAGAGCCUGCUGGAGCCUCUUGUUUUUGAUGAAAGUUUAAUUUACAGAGCAGGAGUUAAAGGACCACUAUAGUGCCAGGAAAACAAACUCGUUUUCCUGGCACUUUAGUAUUAUUAGGUCCCCCCCACCCAAGCGGCGCUUGGGACUCUCCUCCAACUUCCGACGUCAUCGGCUGAAUGCGCAUGCGCGGCAAGAGCCGCGCGCGCAUUCAGCCAGUCCAUAGGAAAGCAUCCUAAAUGCUUUCCUAUGGACGCUGGCAUCGUCUCACUGUGAAAAUCACAGUGAGAAGCGUGGAAGCGCCUUUAGCGGCUGUCAAUGAGACAGCCACUAGAGGCUGGAUUAACCCUAUUGUAAACAUAGCAGUUUCUAUGAAACUGCUAUGUUUACAGCAGGUAGGGUUAACCCUAGAUGGACCUGGCACCCAGACCACUUCAUUGAGCUGAAGUGGUCUGGGUGUCUAUAGUGGUCGUUUAAUAACUUCUAAAGCAAGUUAACACUCUUUCCAUGCAGGCUGUGUCAGUCACAGCCAGGUUAGGUGUGGUUAGGUUUGCACAGACAGAAACAAAAGUGAUUUAACUCUUUAAUGGCAGAUAAUUGAGACUGUGUGUGGGAAUGAGCUAUACACCAAAAAUGCUUCAUAAUGCUAAAGUUGUUUUGUUCCCUUUAACCCCUUAAGGACUAAACUUCUGGAAUAAAAUGGAAUCAUGACAUGUCACACAUGUCAUGUGUCCUUAAGGGGUUAAAGGAACACUCAAAGGUAGGUCACCUUUAGCACUCCAGAUGUGGAUUACAUCUCCCCUGCAUUAUGAUAGUUGUAGUCUUCAUCAUUUAGAAUGCUGAAGGUUGCCAACGCUGCUCUACGUUAAUAAAUGCAUGUACAAAAAGUAAUUUUAUAUUUAUUUUCUCAUAGAGAGAUUUUCCAAAUUCACAAUAUACUUAUCUAGUAUUAGAUUCACUUACACACUCAUUGUGCUCUGCUACAGCACGCCAGGUAAAUGAAAGGACCUGUCCAGCACCAUUUGUGUGGUGGUGACCUGUGACACUCCGCUGUUUAACAAAUAGAGACUUCACCAAUGUGUUUUAUUAAGUAGAAUAUUACCUCCCUUGCUUCUACAAAACUGUUUUCUGUAGCUAUCUGCAUAAUGCUGGUUUUAAAUCUCAUGCGAAUUAACCUUUAAUCAACUUGUUUUGCAGGGGUCAUUGACAUGUACAUACCGGUGCUGGCAGGUUACAUGUGACAUGACAAAAAUAAUCCAAUGGGUCACCACGAUGGCUUCAGAGACUCCGAAAUCUGCAGUGUCUUUGGUUGAACAAGGGUCAAUUUUAAAUAACUCUUCGCUCCCCCUGGUGGGCUAUUUGGGAAAAGUCAGUGAAACUUUACUGUUUUGUUUUGUCUAAAUAUACAUAUUUUUUCCUUUUUUUUUUCCUUAACAUUUUGUUCUCCCACGGAAAUCUUUUUUUAAUUUUUUUUAUUUUAUAAAAGGCGAAAGAUUUAAACAUUUUUCAUUUUUUGCUUGCAAUAUAAAUAUUGUAUUUCUUUUACUAAAACCACCACUUUUACUCUUUAUACACCCAACACCAACUGGUGUAACAGUUGAAUGUUUUGCUGUGUUAGAAAAUGCAGUUUGCAAUCUAGUAAAAAAAAUAGGGGUUCCCUUUAAAUUGUUGCACGUUUGGUGCAAGUAUUACAUUAUUGGUACAGGAUAUCCAGCUUGUUUUGUGAAGUUACAGUAGGACUAAGGAUCUUAUCUUACACGAAUUGCAUUUGUAAACCAUUUUCUUCAUAAUUUCUUUAAAAUAAUGCCUAUUGGGAUCUACAUACUUCAUUUUAACCCCUUAAGGACACAUGAUAUGUGUGACAUGUCAUAAUUCCCUUUUAUUCCAGAAGUUUGGUCCCUAAGGGGUUAAAACUUACACAAUGGUUAAGUAUUCCAUCCAUGGAUAAAGUAUGCGUUUGAUAAGGCAUUUUAUUUUAUGAGCUGUAAUAUAUUUUAUCAUUUAAAGUGCUGGUUCUUGAAAGUAAUGUUUUAUACUUAUCACCUACUAAAGGUAUUGCUUUGAAAUAUAUUAUCUUCCAAAAUGGAUCUAGAAAAUGCGGUUUUAAUUGGUUUGUACUUUUCCAAAGUUCUAUAAUGCAGUUUUGUUUUCCCAUAGAAUUUUGAGACUACUACAACUUCUCCAGAUGGAUACUGUCCAGUAUGCAAGGCCAAAGACAAGAAGCAAGCACUCCGUACAUACCGGCUUAAUUUCACUCAGUCAAUAUAUCUGUGUUCUGAUCCUCAGGUAUGUUCAGUUUCUCGUAUUCUUUUGGGGCGUCAGUUGCAACUAUGUAGACUUAAAAAGUUCUAUCGCAAAUUUUUACAGCACAUAUGUCAAGCUUAGUGUUCAUGUCUAACACGUGAAAGAACAGGUUGUUUAUUUAAAGGAACACUCCAAGCACCAUAACCACUACAGUGAGCUGUUGUGUUUAUUAUGGAAAAUGUGUGCCUGCACCCGUUUAUUAGAAGUAACCAAACUUUUUAGUAACACGAUAGCUUACUGGAUUGAUGGAAGAAGGAACUCUCUCGUCCAGAUUUGGAAGUGAAGUUCUAACUGGUAUCAGAAUUUCCUCUCGUCCAUUAGCCUGCUCUGGAAGUAAAAUAUAGAUCUGUCUAGUAGUGUAGAAUUUUUAAUUUUGAGUCCUUGUUUUAACAUUGUGACAUUUGCCUGAGAUGUAUUUGUUUCUUACAUUUAGUAAGUUAAUAUAGAUUCAUCCUCCCCAGCAUUGUUAUUCACCAAAGUUAGAAUUGCCGGGAAUUCUAAACGAAUUUUCAUAAUUUUUAGACCUGUAUAGCCGAACUGGAAACAUAGAUGAACUAAAAUACUGCUAAGUGAUAUAAAAGAUGCUGAAAGAAAGUAAAUAGUGAGCAGCAAAACUCUCAAGAUAGUGACUGGUUCCUUCCCCCUACAGUCAGAAAAGUGAAACCUAUCGCAAUACAAAAGAAUGAGAUGUGCUCAAAAUAACUUUAACUGAUCAGUUGAUAUCCUUGUAAUAGUGUUUGUGCAUGAACAAUGAAAACAAUUUAGAAUAAAUAUUGCACUAACUAUUUAUUAAAAAUGUUUGAUUUUAUUCAUUACUAGGUUUAGAUUCAGGCUCCCACUUAAGUAUCAAAGAAAGCUUUAUCUGUAAUCCAGGGUUAUGUCAGACUCCAUGCAGUAGCCCAGUGCUUACAGUGAUAUCUUUGGUCCAGUUAGCUGUUGUAGAAAAGGGUAGAGGACGUAUGAUACCUGGUUAGGAAUUGCUGCUCACUUAAUAGCAUAAAAUCGAAUGCUUCUCUGAGUAGCUUUAAAUGCAUUUUGUGGCAUUAUGAUGUGUGAAAAAUCAAGCCUUAAAGGACCACUAUAGUGCCAGGAAAACAUACUCGUUUUCCUGGCACUAUAGUGCCCUGAGGGUGCCCCCACCCUCAGGGUCCCACUCCCGCCAGGCUGGAUGGAGAGGAAGGGGUUAAACACUUACUUUUCUCCAGCGCCGGGCUCCCUCCUCCGCGCACAUUCAGCCAGUCUCAUAGGAAAGCAUUUUCAAUUUUCAAUGCUUUCCUAUGGACGCUGGCGUCUUCUCACUGUGAAAAUCACAGUGAGAAGCACGGAAGCGCCUCUAGCAGCUGUCAAUGAGACAGCCACUAGAGGCUGGAUUAAAAAGGAAUGAAAAGACAGAUCCCCAUAAUCACAAAAAUAUGUGAAUUGGUGAGAACUGUCUUAAAAAGAGCCUACCUCAGAGCUACAAUAUAGGGGGUAACCCAGAAAUAAAUAUAGUUGAAUGACGGAGACCCUUGAAACAAGGGGAUCCCAGAAGUAGCUGCUGAACUUAACAGAAUAAAUAGUAUAGUUACCAGGUGGCAAGUAGAGAGGCUGGAUUAACCCAUUUGUAAACAUAGCAGUUUCUAUGUUUACAGCAGAAAGGGUUAAUCCUAUGUGGACCUGGCACCCAGACCACUUCAUUAAGCUGAAGUGGUCUGGGUGCCUAUAGUGGUCCUUUUAAGGAGGAAGUGCCUCUUGUGGCUGUUAGUCUGGUCUUCACAUUUGACAUCAUCACAUACAGCAAGGUCAUGUAAAUGCUAAUAAAACAACUCUCUUAACUCUUCUAUCUCAAUAUCUGAGCGCAGCCUUUGGUUCUCCUCUGCCCAUAAUGUCUAACUUGAACCUCUAUUCCAUCGCAUAGGCCAAGUUCUCCCCUCAGCCUGAUCCUCCUACACUGUCAUCAUACCACCUAGCUGCUGUGGAAGAUGUGCUGUCAUUGGUUGCUGACGACAGACCCCAAUUUAGAACAAAAAAUCAUGUUAUCCAGCCCAAAACUAUUUUCUGGUCUGGAGUAUGAUAUCCUGAUGAUACUGUAAGAGGUGGAGUUAAACUUCAUAUGUUCAGCAUUUCAUAGUGAGAUGCUACACAUAAAGGCUCCAUGGCCACUUCAAAACAGCGAAGUGGUCAUGGUGCUUGGAGUAACCAUACAAAUGUGUAGUAUAUUUUAAUUGCUGUUUUGGAUUUAUUUAAUGAGUGGCUGUCUGUUUUUUUUCAGUGUAUUUAUCCCUUGGGAUACACGCCUUUGGAUGACGUAAUUAAAAACACGGAGGACUUAAAGAAAUCAUGUCACCAAAGCAAGCAGAAAAAGCGUAAUUUCUUGGAAACCUCUCCAACCAACAAAGCUUGUAUUAAGAAAAUGAAAACUGAUCCUUCUGUCUUUAUGGACUUUGACUCAAAAAAUAACUUUUCUUGUUCUCAAGUAAAAAACUCUAACCAUGCACCUCUCACUGUGACACCAGCAAGUGGAGUAACAAUGGUACCGAACCCUUCCAUGUUUUGUUUAAAUGAUUACAGACUGCAGACAGAGCAAAACCUGAUGGAAAGUUUAAGCCAUUGCAGUAGUAGUAGUACCACCACAUUAUUACUGAAUGGGAAACGUGAAUCCCCAGAUGAUGAACCAAAACGGGAGUUUUCACAGGAUCAUGAAAUGCAAAAAGAGUUUACUAGACUUAAUGAUUUAAAUGAUGGUACUGCUAGCAACAUUUCAAAACUUACAAGCAUGAUGAUUAAUGGGCAUGAAGAAAAUAUGGGCAAUAGUUCAGAUAAAGUAAAUGCCAGUGUUAUCAAUGACUAUUUGGAAGUACAGGAAAAUAGACCCACUGCAUUCAGUUCAGUGACUGAAAAUAUUGUAUGUGAACCUUCAGUUCUAAUGCAUGUGAAGUAUGGCGUUGAAACUGUGAAUGCAACAUGCUCUUCAAUUCCAAAUUCUGAAAUUAUAGAAGCUAUUGGUUCCAAUCUCUGUGGUCAGAUUGCUGUGGAAUUGACUGGUUCUCUUAAAUGUACAUUGCAGAACUCUGAGCCUGAAAAAGAUGGGCAAGAAGACUCCGCUAUGGAACUGUUUAGUGCUUCGGUCAACAUGGUGGAGUUAAGUGAUGAUAAUCUAAAUCUAUCCGACACAUUAAUAGAAUGCAAAGUAUCAGAACCAGUUGGUUUAACCAAGCAUGGUCAAAGUCCAGGUAACCCUAAAGAUUCUGCCAGUACCCUGCAAUUUGAACAUGGUUUGCAAGAAAGUUCAUUGGUCAAGGUGGGCACAGAAGCAGCUGUUGUACAUGGCAAUGGAGGUGUAACUCUAUCAGACUCCUCAUUAACAGAAUGUAAAGUAUCAGAACCAGUUUGUUUACCCAUACAUGGUCAUAGUCCAUGUAACCCUACAGAUUCACCAAAUUUCCUGGAACAAAGCAGAUCUGAGCAUGGUUUACAAGAAAGUUCAUCGAACAAAGUGUGUAGUGAAGCUGCUGUUGUGCAAGGCAAUGAAAGUAUGACUCUGUCAGCUAUGUCGUUAAUAAACUGUAAAGUAUCAGAAUUCGUUUGUUUGCUCGAACAUGGGCAAAGUCCAUGUAAUCCUAUAGAUUCUCCUGAUCUGCAAAAAAGGCGGUCCGAACAUGGUUUGCAAGAAAGUUCAUCGAUGAAAGUAGGCACUGAAGCACAUGUUCAGGACUCUGAGCCUGAAAAAAACAGGCAAGAAGACUCUGCUUUGGAAGUUUUUAGUCCUUCAGUCAACAUCGUGGAGCGAAGUAAUGAAAAUCUAAAUCUGUCAGAUACAUUAAUAGAAUGCAAAGUAUCAGAACCAGUUUGUUUAACCAAGCAUGGUCAAAGUCUAUGUAACCCUAAAGAUUCUGCGAAUACCCUGCAAUUAGAACUUGGUCUGCAUGAAAUUUCGUCGAUCGACGUGGGCACUGACGCAGAAGCUGUUGUUCUUGGUAAUGAAAGCAUGACUGUGUCAGACAUAUCAUUAACAGAAGAUAAAGUAUCAGAACUAAUUUGUUCAACCAAGCAUGGGCAUAGACCAUGGGACCAUACAGAUUUUCCUAUUCUCCUGCAACGAAGGACGUCUGGACAUGGUUUGCAGGAAAGAUCCUUGAACGAAAUGUGUAAUGAAGCAGCUGUUGUGCAAGCCAUUGAAAGAAUGACUUUGUCAGACACAUCGUUAAAAGAGUGUAAAGUAUCAAAACCAGAAUAUAACUCUACAGAAUCUCUUAAUCCCCUGCAAAAAAGGAGAUCUGAGUGUGGUCUGCAAAAAAGUUCAUCAAUCAAAGUGUUAACUGAAGCAGCUGUUGUGCAAGGCAAUGAAAGUGUGACUCUGUCAGACACAUCAGCAACCGAAUGUAAAGUAUCAGAGCCAGUUUGUUUAACCGAGCAGGGACAAAGUCCAUCUAACUCUACAGAUUCUUCUAAUCUGCAGCAAAGGAGAUCUGAAUUUGGUCUGCAAGAAAGUUCCUUGAUCAAAGUGUGCACUGAACCAGCUGCUGUUCAAGGUGAUGAAAGCGUGACUCUGUCAGACACAUCCUUAACAGAAUGUAAAGCAUCAGAGUCAGUUUGUUUAACCGAACCGGGACAAAGUCUUUGUAACUCUACAGAUUCAUCUGAUUUGCCAGAAAAUUCCUUAAUUGAAGUGAACACUGAAGUGGAUGUUGUACUAGUCAAUGAAAAUAUGACUCUGUCCGACACAUCAUUAACAGAAUGUAAAGCAUCAGAGUCAGUUUGUUUAACCGAGCAGGGACAAAGUCCUUGUAACUCUACAGAUUCAUCUGAUCUGCUGCAAAUGAAAUCUGAUUUGGCAGAAAAUUCCUUUAUUGAAGUGGAUGUUGUACUAGUCAAUGAAAAUAUGACUCUGUCAGACACAUCAUUAACAGAGUGUAAAUUAACAGAACCAGAAUGUAGCCCAACACAUUCUCUUAAUCCCCUGCAAAAAAAGAGAGCCGAACAUGGUUUGCCAGAAAAUACACCAGAUGAAGUGGGCACUGAAGCAACUUUUGUGCAAGGCAAUGAAAGUAUAAAGCCAAACAGUGCUUUAUUAGUUAAAUAUGAAUUACAUAGAACCCCUGAUUUGGUUCAAAUAUGUCAAAGAGAAGUUAAGCAUGCUCGCUCACCUAGUUUGGUGUCCAUACCAGUGGAAGGAAAUUCAUUGAUGGAAGUGUGCAAUACUGAUCUUGUUACAACUCUCCCUUCAGUAAACACCUGCAAUACAAAAAUAGUUCUCUCCUCCUUAGGAGACACAAUAAUGGGUAGCCCUAUCAGGCAAAAUAAUGUGGUGGCAAUGGCAAGCCCUUUCAACCAUGUUUACACUGAAGAGUCUAAAGAUGUCCCAGAGCCAGAGAUGUCUUCACUUGUGCCUGUCUUGCAGAGAAAAUGUGUAAACCUCUCUGCAGAAAAAUCGUGUCCUACAGAUAAUGCACCAGAAGAGCCAUUGCUGGAUCCUCAGCCAGCUUCCGAGAAGGCUAAUCCCCAAACUCCGAAUAAAACCUGCAAGUAUCUCCAGUGGAGAAACAAAUUUUCUCUUUGUUGGUUAAACUGCAUAUUGGCUUUUUUGGUUCAUUCCAGCACACUCAAGAACUUUGUGGCAGAAAGUGGUUUUAUGGAGGAAUCCGUCAUUCAUAUACUUUUUGCAAAAUACAAGGAAGCAAAUGCUAUAGUGACAUCGACCAGCCACAGAAGCAAACGAGGUAUUUAUAAACAUACUUUUUCUGUGUACUCCCCUUCUUUGAUAUCCGUUUUUUGUUUUUCAUGCUAAAUUGCUUAGAAAAACAAAAUGUAACAGAUGCUUCUCGUCCUAUAUGUAAGUGACUCUUUAGCUUUGUAAUGCUUUUCCUGUAGGUAAGCCCUGGCUAGCAGCAGAUUGUCUGACACCAAAGGUGUAUACAUUUAAAAAAAAGAAUAGUUUUUAAAAGUAAUUUUAAAGUUCAUUUGUCCUAUAGAAACAGAUCUGAUUUAAUGUUUACUUUGCAGGUUAUCCAAAAAAUCUUUCUGCAGCUCAAAAAUGUCUGGAGGAAGUCAGAAUGGUACUCUUUGACACAAUCAAGAUUCCUUUGAAGUGCAAGUUGGGUAAGUUACAUUUUGUUUAGUUUUUUUCUUUCAUAUAUACAUUUAUCUGCUGGUGAGGCAUUUUUGGUUCACACAUACGAAAGUAACUUUCUUCACUGUAUGCCUGAAAUGAAUGGGUGUCAGUGAUUGCUGCACCUAUCUUCAUAGCUUUCAUGGAAAUUCUUCAAAUCGUGACUUUUCUCUUUUACAUAUCCACCAGUGUUUGACAGCGUCUUUGUAUCAUUCCCAGGAAUUAUCAAUGAAGAUAAUAGGAUCGGUUCUGGGUUGAGUGGGGCAGUGCCCAGAUAUAUUCUUUGCGCAUUAACGUUGACAAUGAGCACUAGAGGUUACGGAGUAUAGAGUGCACCUUUAAUCUAGACAUUUAAAUGAGACAUGCAUAGAUAUCUAGAUUAGAUUUUUUUUUUUUCUCUUUUAUUACAUGAAGCAUACCGAGUUACCAACAAAUGCACAGAAAGCUUAAUGAAAACCGCCUUCAGUAUUUUAAAAAAAUAAAUAAAAUAUAUAUAUAUAUAUAUAUAUAUAUAUAUAUUUUUUUUUGUUUGUUUGUUUUGUUUGUUUGUUUUUAAAUGUAAUGGUUAGAAAAAACAAACCAAAAGCAAAGGAAUUUGAAUUAUGUCUAUUUACAUUCUAAUGCAUUUGAGUGUAAUCUCUUUUUUUAAAUGGUUCUCUUUGGGUAGUCACAUUAUUUUCUUUUAACAAAGGGUACAUUUUCUAACGAACAAUGUAAUUUGCAGCUUAUUUUUUAAUUCGGUGACACCCCUUCUUUUCAGGUGUCUGGAAAGUGACUUAA